GCCGAGGAACGCUAAACGAUAGCGGAAACAAACAAACAAAAACAGCUAAAUGGAUAAGACUGGCAUUUUUACUUUGAGCGUACAAUCAUUACGGAGUAACUUCAAAUUCUUAAAGAGUGGUUGGAACGUUCCCGAUGAGUGACGGAGCACCUCCAUUCUACUUCAAAGGAGAUGAAGGGCAUCAAAGAACCUGCAUAUGGACUUUGCUUCAAAUGUGGCAAAGCUAGCCACUGGGUAAAACAGCAUCUUUGCCUCAACUGCUGAUAGCAUGCUGUCCAAGUCGACAUAGAGGAAGUCGACUGCUGAUAUUCUGGGCCAGUAGGCUGAAGAGAUGGAUGCUGCAGUGUUGCAGAGGACCCUGGGUGACUUAGCAACCUGUUGUUUCUGUAGUUCUGGAAGCUGCUUGCUCCACCCUUCCUGUUUACUCAGGGCCUCACGCUGUAGGCCUGGCUGGCCUGGAAUUCACAACCCCUCCCAACUCAGCCCCUAAAUGUUGGAGUUGGUCAUAGGUAUGUAUCACCGCACAUGGAUGCCUUCCGGUUAUUAUUUUAUUAUUUUUGUGAUGGGUUUGGGCAUCAGGCGUAUGGAGCAAGUGCUCCUACCUACUGAGUGACGGGCCCAGCCUAGGUUCACUGUGUUUGUGUGCACACGGAAGGACCCCUUUGCCCCAAAGCAGAAGAGAAACCUUCAACCCCAACCCCCAAUCUGUCUGCGUUUCAGGGAGGUAUUUGGGUCCCUUUCUCCUUUCCCCCCCUACAGAAGCUCUCUUGUCCUUCUCUGUGUUCAGCAGCAUUCUCCCAUCUUCCCAUGAGCUGGAAGUCCCUGCAUGUCUUUGCAUGCCUCAUGUCCCCCACAGCAGACCCGAGGAGGGCCACUCUGCUCCCUCCUCCCGCUGCCACUCUUGUAUGUGGUUACCCCGCCUCCACUCACCUCUGGGAUGAUACCGGAUGACAGACAGGGGACUCUAUGGGUGACUCUAACAUGAAUCACAACAGCGGAUGGCCUGACUGAUACGUGGCGUCUCCCCAGGGCAGGAGCCUCUGCUGGCCCAGUCCUCUCCCCUCUGCCGUGGGUGGAGGUGCUUUAUCAGGCAGUUCCAAAGCCUGAUUUGAGGCUGGAGAGAAACGAAGCAUCAAGUCACAUGUCUCACUUACUGGUUCUGGCUCCGGCCCAGCUUCUGUACAGCGUCCUUCUCCCCCCCGCUGACCCAGGCCUCAAAUGCUGCCCCGUUCCUUCCACCUUUCACUCAGCCUCCAGGAUGGCCCUUCAGGACGUGUGCAAAUGGCAGGCCCCCGACACCCAGGGACCGUCCGUUCAUUUGCCUCAAGCUGGUGGUUGGGCUGUGCCCCGGGGCUGUGACCCUCAAACCUUCCUGGAGACCUAUGGCCCCAGGCUGGCUCAUGGCACCACCACCCUGGCCUUUCGCUUCCGUCAUGGCGUCAUCGCCGCAGCUGACACUCGUUCCUCCUGUGGCAGCUAUGUGGCAUGUCCAGCCUCACGAAAGGUCAUCCCCGUGCACCGGCACCUCCUGGGUACCACCUCUGGAACCUCUGCCGACUGUGUCACGUGGUAUCGGGUGCUACGGCGGGAGCUGCGGCUUCGGGAGCUGAGGGAAGGUAAGCUCCCCAGUGUGGCUGGCGCCGCCAAACUCUUGUCAUCCAUGAUGUCCCGUUACCGGGGCCUGGAUCUGUGUGUGGCCACUGCCCUGUGUGGCUGGGACCACUCCGGCCCUGCUCUCUUCUAUGUCUACAGUGAUGGCACUUGUCUGCAGGGGGACAUCUUCUCUGUGGGCUCAGGAUCUCCGUAUGCCUAUGGGGUACUUGACAGUAGCUACCACUAUGACAUGACCGUCCAGGAAGCCUACACCCUGGCCCGCUGUGCUGUGACCCAUGCCACCCACCGGGAUGCUUAUUCAGGGGGCUCCGUGGACCUUUUCCACGUUAGGGAGAGCGGAUGGGAGUACGUGUCCCGUGGUGAUGCCUACGCGCUGUAUAUGGAGCUGCAGACGGCCCGGGGCUUGGAGCAAGAGCUGGAGGCCAAAGCUAGUGAGGUCCUUCCCGAGCCCGCCACUCCACAAGAUGCGCAGGGAGGCGGAGAACUCCUCGUGGAGCCAGAGGAGGUGACACCGGAAGACGGCAGGGUGAUGGCAAAGACUGAAGCAAUGUGAGAAAGGACAGAACUUGGGGGACCUGGACAAGGGGGGAAGGUCAGGGAACGAGGCCACCCUGGCAGGGCGAGCGCUGGGAACAGCCUCAUGGCAUCUGGCUCCGGCCCUUCUGGGUUGCCUGCUUUAUUUGUGGAAGUUGCGUCCUUUCUGCCUCCCAGAACCGUGGAUGUCUCUGUCAACGAUGCGCAAUAGAUGGUGUAGCCUCCUGUCUCCAGACUGAGGCGGCCAACACUCA